UUGUUGUCUUAAUAACAUUUUAAAGAUAACAAAUAUAUUUGUUUGCCAAGUUAUGUUUAAUAUUCAGUUACUGAUCAAACAUGAAGGGUCUGGCCAUCUUCCUAUUAUUAGGACUUGUUGCGGGUUCAAGAGAUGAAUUCUUUAAGUUUAAGAAAACCUUCAAAAAAACCUACACAGCUGAGGAGGAGGAUUACAGGUAUUCUGUGUUCCUAGAGAACCUGGAGAAGAUCAAGGAGAAUAAUGGCAAUCCACACAAAACCUGGUCAAUGAAGAUAAACGAGUUUGCUGAUCUUACUUCAGAUGAAUUUAAAUCCACUCUCAGUGGAUACAAGAGAUUGCCUAUGUCAGGCCAAGCAAUCUCAGAAUCCAGAUCCUACAGCAGUGAACUUCCUGCCGAAGUUGACUGGAGAGAGGCCGGAGUAGUAUCAGAACCCAAGAAUCAAGGCAGCUGUGGUUCCUGCUGGGCAUUCGCUGCUACGGAACAGAUCGAAUCCUAUGCAGCGAUUAACAAUAUUACUCUUCAAGAACUCAGCGCACAAGAGAUAACAUCUUGUACUCCUAACUCUAUGCACUGUGGAGGGAAGGGUGGUUGUGUAGGUUCUAUUCCUCAGCUAGCCUUCAAUUAUGUUCAACUGUUUGGUUUAACAACAGCUGAAGAAUACCCUUACUGGUCUGGAGUAACAACCAUCACAGGGAAAUGUAAAUAUGAUCUUGAGAAUCGAGCCCCUGUUGUUGGUAUAACUGGAUACAAUACUAUUCCUGCAAAUGAUCUUGAAGCUACUCUCCAGCAUGUUGCCAACGUUGGUCCUCUAGCUGUGGCUGCAGACGCUUCUGCUUGGCAGUUCUACGGAAGUGGUGUAUUUGGAUCUUGUGCUUACGAGGAUAAUAUUGCUCUAAACCAUGCAGUACAACUAGUAGGGUAUGGUAGUGAUGAUGCUCAUGGAGAUUAUUGGUUAGUUCGGAACUCGUGGGGGAAAAACUGGGGAGAACAUGGAUAUAUCAGACUUCAGAGAGAAUCUGAACUGAUGUGCGGUAUUAACUCAACUCCAAUGGAUGGAACAGCAUGCGAGAAUGGUCCUGGGACAGAUGAGCAGACUGUGUGUGGACAGUGUGGAAUCCUCUUCGAUUCAUCAUAUCCUCUUAAUCCGUUUCCAUUCUAACCAUCUUCUAUCCUCUUAAUCCGUUUCCAUUCUAGCCAUCUUCUAUCCUCUUAAUCCGUUUUCAUUCUAACCAUUUUCUAUCCUCUUAAUCCUUUUUCAUUCUAGCCAUCUUCUAUCCACUUUAUCCGUUUCCAUUCUAACCUUCUUCUAUCCUCUUAAUCCGUUUCCAUUCUAACCAUCUUCUAUCCUCUUAAUCCGUUUCCAUUCUAACCCUCUUCUAUCCUAUUAAUCCGUUUCCAUUCUAGCCUGCAUCUUCUAUCCUCUUAAUCUGUUUCCAUUCUAACUAUCUUCUAUCCUGUUAAUCCGUUUCCAUUCUAACCAGCUUCUAUCCUCUUAAUCCGUUUCCAUUCUAACCAUCUUCUAUCCUCUUAAUCCUCUUAGGGGGAGGGGUAGCAUGUUGGGUAAAAAAUGAACAUGAUUUUGAGGUCCUAGAAAAUAUAUCUGUCUUUGAGGAAAGAGUUUUUGAAUCUAUCUUUUUAAAAGUCAAAGUUUCUUCAAAGAAAUUUAGAAUUAUUGGUAAUGUAUAUAGACCUCCAAACUCUGAUAUCAUUAAGUUUACUGAAAUUAUGGAAUCUAUUCUAAAAAAUAUUUCAUCCGACAAAUCACUGAGUAAAGCUGAAGAAAUUCAAAUCAUGGGUGACCUAAAUAUUAAUCUGCUGAAUCACACUUCUCACAAUGCUACAUCUAACUUUUUAAACACCCUGUUAACACAUUCACUUCUUCCGCUAAUUACACUCCCUACACGUAUUACUCAAACAUCUGCAACAUUACUAGAUCACAUAUUUAGUAAUUCAGAUCCUGAGUCAAAAGAAUGUGGAAUCAUCUACUCAAGUUUAUCUGACCAUUUACCCGUUUUUUCUUUGUCUAAAUGUACACAACAUGAAGAUAAUAUUGGUAGCAAACCAGUUCUAAUUAGAAACACUUCAAUCGAAAAUAAAACCAAGUUUAAGGAAAAAUUGUUACUCAAUGACUGGACUCAUGUUAUGAUAAA